CAUUUCUAUAAAUAAUUUCGGAAAUUGGCCUUUAUUGGUACUAAACCCAAUAAUUCUACUAUUUUUCUUCGUUCUCUUUGUUUUCUUUUUCUCUCUUCCUCCCUUAUUGUUCUUUCUAACAAACCGCUGUCGUGCCGCUGCCUCUGCCUCUGCCUCUGCCUCCACACCUUCCAGCGUCUUACGUCAUAUAUCUAUUCAAUCCAUAGCUCCCCAUUUCUUCGCCGAUUCUCUCUCACUCUCACUCUCGGUCUCUUUUCAAAAUUUUCCUGUCAUUCUUUUUUAGCUUUGGGUAACCACAGGCCAAAAAACACACACGCUAUAAUAGGAAGAGAGUUUUCGUGAGAGAGAAACCCUAAGUUUUUCUGCCGUUUCUGGUUUUUGUGAUUUUUGAAAUCCGCUGCUUCAUCGGAGACUCAUUUCAGAUAGGAUUUCGAGAGGACUGGAAUAAGCACUUUAGUCGCUGUGGGAGUCCGAGAUAUUAGUGCAACUUGGUUCUGCAACAGGUGUCUAUAAAAGCCUUGUAAAGUACUUGGUUGGAGUUCUGCAGUGGACUUAUUGACAACAAUGGAAUUAGCUGCAUUAAACUUAGUUAAUGCCACUUUAAAUUGGAUCACUUUUGCUUUGGAUGCCCCUUCUGCACGAGCUGUGGUGUUUGGAGUUCACAUAGGCGGGCAUUUAUUUGUGGAAGUUCUUCUUUUGGUGGUAAUUUUUUUUCUGAUUUCCCAGAAAAGUUACAAGCCUCCUAAGCGGCCAUUGACAAAGAAGGAAAUAGAUGAGCUCUGUGAUGAAUGGGUCCCAGAAUCCCUUAUUCCUCCUAUCACGCAAGAGAUGCUGAGUGAACCUCCAGUGUUGGAAAGUGCUGCAGGGCCCCAUACUAUAAUCAAUGGGAAAGAAGUUGUGAAUUUUGCUUCUGCAAAUUAUCUCGGAUUUGUAGGGCAUGAUAAGUUACUUGAAUCAUGUACUUCUGCGUUGGAGAAAUAUGGUGUUGGAUCUUGUGGUCCCCGUGGAUUCUAUGGCACAAUUGAUGUCCACCUUGAUUGUGAGGCCAGAAUUGCAAAUUUUUUGGGAACACAUGAUUCUAUCCUCUAUUCUUAUGGGCUUUCCACCUUGUUCAGUGCAAUCCCAUGUUUUUGUAAAAAGGGCGACAUAAUUGUUGUGGAUGAGGGAGUCCAUUGGGGAAUACAAAAUGGCCUCUACCUUUCUAGAAGCACCAUUGUUUAUUUCAAGCACAAUGAUAUGGAUUCUCUGGAAAAAACUCUUGAGAAAAUUACAGCACAGAAUAAGCGGGCUAAGAAAUUACGGCGCUACAUUGUGGUUGAAUCUGUGUAUCAGAAUUCGGGUCAAAUAGCUCCUUUGGACAAGAUCAUCAAGUUGAAAGAGAAGUAUCGCUUCCGUGUCUUAUUGGAUGAGACCAACUCAUUCGGUGUACUUGGUCGUACUGGAAGGGGUCUCACUGAAUACUGCGGGGUUCCGAUAGAGAAGAUAGACAUUGUUACUGCUGCCAUGGGACAUGCAUUGGCAACAGGAGGAGGAUUCUGCACUGGAAGUGCUCGUGUCAUUGAUCAUCAACGGUUGAGCAGUUCUGGCUACGUCUUCUCUGCAUCUUUACCCCCAUAUUUGGCUAGUGCUGCAAUUACUGCUAUUGACAUCUUAGAGCAAAAUCCUGAUCUGACAUCAAAGCUGAAGGAAAACAUUGCCAUUUUAUGGAAAGGACUCUCUGAUAUCCGGGGGCUUUCAAUAGCAAGCAAUCCAGAAUCACCGAUUGUUUUCCUUGUGCUUGAAAAAUCAACUGGUUCAAUGAAAAGUGACCUCCAGCUACUUGAAGACAUUGCUGAUCGUGCCUUGAAACAAGAAUCCAUUUUUGUAAUGGCUUCAAAAAGAUCAACUCUCGAUAAAUGCCCCCUUCCUGUCGGGAUUAGACUGUUCGUUUCAUCCGCCCAUUCAGAGUUCGACCUGCUUAAGGCAUGUGAAUCACUCAAGCGAGUCGCAGCAGCGAUGCUUAGGUGAGUGAUACCCAUCAUAUAUAUGUGUGUAUGUAUGGAUUAGUAUCUACUGUCAGUAUAGUUUUUUAACUUCACAAGCGGAGUUAAAAAUCCGGCAUGUUAUAUUAUAUUUGAAAAAUAAAAUAAAAAUAAGAAAAGAGAUAAUGACAGUUUUUUAUUCCAUUUGUAGAGCUAAAAAACCUAUACUAGCAUUGGAUAUGAUAAAUUAUUCUUUUCAAGAUUUUGUUUUUAACUGCAUUGGAAGAUUUUUGGAAUUGUUCACUUUUUCUUAGAUUUUCUCUAGCAAGAAAACAAAAUGUAACUACGAUUUAAACGUUUUACUUUAUUUUUAUAAUUUGUUGUAAAUACAUUAAAUGGAUGUCUAUAAUCCCUUUAAACAUAUUAAA